CCCGCCACCACCCCGCCCGGCAUCUGGGUUUAAAGGGAAGGGCUGCGUUCGCCUCGGCAGAUGAUGAAGCGCUACGGGAAGGAUGGAUGUCUGGGUGACCUCGAUACUCCGUGCUUGUAAAACGGCCCGUGGUCCAGGGCUGCCGCCAGAGCCAGCUGUGAUAUCGGCUUGGUUGGGAUAUCCGAGGAGUUUAAUCCACUCGCGGUGUUUCUUGCAGCCACUUCAGAAACGGCGGAGAACUGUGGAGGAUUUCAACCAGUUCUGCACCUUCGUUCUGGCCUAUGCAGGCUACAUCCCAUACCCUGAAGAGUAUGUGCCCUGGACCCACGGAGGCAGCAUGAGCCCCCAGAACAGCACGGGGAGCACUCAGGACAGCGAUAGCUCGACCUCAUCUCACUCCUCUGAUGGCCACAUCCCAAUGGACAGUAGGAAGAGCAGGAAUGCUGUGGCCAGGGGGGCUGUGGGCAGUGGCCUGCUAAUGAACAGCCCUGCCUUUUCCACCACCUUCUACAACGUCCGGCCCCAGCAAAUCAAACGGAAGAAACCACCAGCAAAGAAACGCGUUUUGGAGCAGGAGGUGAAGAAGAGGGUGCCGCUGAGUGCUUGGAAGGACUUUGGGGCAGAGCAGGAUGGGGUGAAGCAGCUGGCUGCACUGGCAGGACAGCUGUCUCCUGUGAAAGAGGAACUAUUGGAGCCUUCCCUCAACCCGCCUGGGGACCCCCAGCCCAGCUCCCUCCUGGAGGAACCGACGACGGAGGAGAAGAACUUGAUGUAUGGAGCACAGGGAACUGAGAAGCCAACAGAUGAUCCUCAGCUUAAGGAGCACGACGCCUUCUCUGGAGAGAGGAAAAGCCCUAGUCCCUGUCAUACCUUGGACCAAAGCACAGGGGAAGAUACAAGCAGAGAGACCUCCCAGCUCAGUGCAGUCGAAUUCACAGAAGUUCCCAACACCAAAGCAGAAGACGACGAUGCCUGGGAUCUGAUCACCUGCUUCUGCAUGAAGCCCUUUGCAGGGAGGCCCAUGAUCGAAUGUAAUGAAUGUGCUACCUGGAUCCACCUCUCUUGUGCCAAGAUCCGCAAAUCCAACGUGCCUGACAUUUUCAUCUGCCAGCGGUGCCGGGAUGCCAAGCAGGAGAUUCGCCGCUCCAACCGAGCUCGGACAGUGCCCCGCAAACGCCUCGUUGACUGAUGCUCCUGCAGAGCAGGAAGGCUGGGGGUCCCUUUUUAACCUGAAGACUUAGACAAUCAAUGCACUGGCAGGGGAGGGGCUGGGACACAGGGCCGGACUGUCCCCCUCACGCCUCUGCCCCUGCAAGCUGCCCUGCGUGUCCUCCCUGAGGAUCAUAUUGGCCAUAGAGCUCGGUUAUCCCAGAAGUGUGCGGGGGAUAGGAGGAUGGUCCAGAUGCUCAUCCCUGUGGGUGGUGUGUUAGUGUUUGUGAUCUCCUGGGGCCCCACAUGCACUAACUGUUGGAUCCCACCUCCUCCUCGCAGCCCCUCCAAAGAGCCCUGCCCAUGUGCCUUCUGCACUUUCCCUGGGGGAUGCAGGCCCCGCUCCUGUCCUGGUGACACUCAGCUCAACCCCCACCUGCCAGUCCCCAUGACUAUAAUUCUUAACUGGGUACUUUCCUACUUGCACAUCUGGUUACUGUGGGACCACAGCAGGGGGCAAGGUGUGGGACAGCCCCCUGUCACACAGCAGCCCCCAGGCUCGUCCCUGUGCCUCUCUCCUCCUGUGGAAAGCCUGGGCCCCAAAAGUGCUUUAUGUUUUUAUAGUUACUUUGUAUUAUAGUUAAUUUGUAUAAUAGUUACUUUGUAUUAUAGUUAAUUUGUAUUAUAGAAAAUUCUGGUCCUUGCCCUGUGGAGUGUGACUGGAGUCUUAUGUAUAUAAUAAAUACUUUUGCCAUAACA